UUGAAGAGUGGCGCUUGACAGGGGGAGCCAUCUGGUGGGAACUGAGGAGGACGUCAGGCACAGAACCAACACAAUCCGCAAUAUUAUGUGUCCCACGCCUUCUCUCCGUAGAUCUGUCCUGCUGGUAUAUUACAGGUGGCAUGAUGGCAGGCAAUGAGGAGCGGUGGCGUGAGGGGUUAGGUGCCACUGCUGGGGCCCUUGGACAUCUUCUGGAGCGAAUGACUAAUGACUUCACACCUCAGCACGAUUCCCAGCACUACCAACCUGGCUUUGUACCUUCAGCAUCUCCUCCCUGGACUAAUUCUGGACAGGCUCCACUAACUAGUCUGGGAUCACCUAUGCCCUCACUGCAGACUUCACACACAAGCCUUGGCUCUCAAAUUCCUCCUCUGCAAGUAAACCACAAUAGCCUCGGCUCACAAGUUCCUACUAUGCAAUCAGCACACAGUAACAUUGGGCCUCAAAUAACUCCAUUGCAGCCUCCAACCACAAGUGCUCCUGGGGCCAUGCCUCCUGGUCCACAACUCACAGGAACUUCAGCCAGGAGUUACUCUGUCAGCCAAGAUUUGUUUUCAGAGCUUGAUGGUGGUAGGAGUCCUCUGUUGAGGUCCUCCUCAGACUUAGGACUCCGCUUGAAUCAUUACCAUGCCCAGGGGAACCACUAUAGUGAUGGAAGGUUAGAUGGAUUUAUGGAUUCUAGUAUGGACUCUCUUGAUGGUAUGUUAGUAAGUGGUCCUGACUCUUCCUUUUAUCUUGAGGUACAAAGAAAUCCAAAUGCAUCUUCAGGCACACCUCCAUUACAAGAAGGACAAGGUCUCAGUCCUGCUGCUGUACCUCCUCCAGAAUUUAGCUUUUAUUCUCAUGAAAAUGAUAGAAUCAGAGAAGGGGAAACUGUAAACAAUAUCUCAGCAAAGUUUUCAAAUUUUACUGCAUCCCUUGGAAGUUGGUUUAGUCCCUUUGAUCCCUUCCGAAGUAAUCUUACAGCUGCCCAAACCAAACCACACAGUCCAUCUGGAACCUCUGCUAUUGGAGCUAGAUCAGAAACAAAGCCUAGGAAAGAGAAUAGUGGAUCCCAGCAGUGUAAUGCUGGCCAAGCAUCCACUUCUCAACCAACUAAAGCCAACAAGCCUUCAUAUUCUGAUGUAUUAAUCAAAAAUCCAGUACAGGAAGGUAAACUAAGUACUGCUUCACCACCUUUAAACAGUAGAAGUAGUAGCAGUAACAGUAACAGCAGUGGUACUACUACCUUUAACCAGCAGAGCCCACAGUCUCCCUCUCCAAGCCCUGCAGCCUCCCGUCCGGAACAGAAGACUCGUAGUAGUGUGACAAAAACUAACAAACCUCGCAGCUCCAACAAUAACAUCAAUGGAAGCCUUGACCAAGGUCGCAGGCAGACAAACAGGGCAGAGAAUCAUGUAUCUCAAGUUGGUUUGGAUGAGUUUGAGUUGAUAGAUGGAAGUAUGGGCAAUGGCUCUAUUAGUGCUUAUGAACACUAUGACUGGGGAGAAUGUCCCAGCAGCACCACAACCACCACCACCACAUCAGCUAUCCUUGGCAGUGGCUCAUCAGUUCUCAAGCCAUGUGCCGGUAGUCCCACCCACCAAGCUAAGAAGGUGUCAAUAAAGGGAGAUGUCAAAAAGAACACACCAGAGAAGAGCAGCAACAAUGUUUCCUUUGAGGGAGAGGCAGGGAAAGGAAUUGGUGAUCAGCUCAACAACAAAGUUUCCUCCUCUCACCAGAAACAGCCACCUAAACGAACCUCCUACAUCAAUAACAUUCCCAGUGCCAGCAAUUCCUCAUCUCUGUGUCCCACAUCUCCAGGGACAGGCCCCGGAGGUAGUGUUCCCACAAAUCCCACUACAAACAGUCCAAGUCGUAACUCUCCCAUCUCCUCCUAUGUCACCAACUCAGUCAACAACAACAACAAUAAUAAUAACAGUAAUAAUAGCAAUGAAAGUGAACGUAAUGAUGGCAAUAAAAUUAAAACUUCAUCAUUAUCCAAGGAAGAUAAGAAAACACAAGAUACAUCAGGACCAGCUGCUGGCACAGCAACGCGUACAGGGGGACGAGGAAAAGCUCCUGUUAAUAGCCGCAAUGUUCUCUCUAGUAGACGCAAUCAAAGACGGAGGAGGGAUGCAUCAUUUACACAUUCUGAGCUUAUAGCACAGGGAUGGGCCAUGGCAAUGCAGUGGAUGGCGUUAGCAGUGCGUGUGAUGGUGUGGCUUGGUACCCUGACAGUGGAUGUUGUGGUGAUGAGUUCCCGGCUCCUCUUGCACCUUAUGGUAGUGGCAUGGGCACGUUUAUUAGAGUACUGGACUGCUGCUGGACUGACUCUCCAACACUACUGGAUCAAACUCACAGGCCUAUUUUCCAAAAGGGAGAAAGAAGAGAAAAAAUUGCCAGGAAGAGACAAGAAAUUGCCACGGGGUCUGGAUGUCAAUAUAUCAUUGCCCACCACUGGUGAUGAAGCCAUGAAGCGUCUUUUGGCAUGUAAAGGAAAAGACCCGUACAGCAUCUUGGGGGUGACUCAAGAUUGUACUGACGAAGAUAUAAAAAAGUAUUACAAACGACAAGCAUUUCUUGUGCAUCCAGAUAAAAAUAAGCAACCAGGAGCAGAAGAAGCCUUCAAGAUCUUGGCUCAUGCUUUUGAAAUAAUAGGAGAACCAGAACGGCGGAGAGAGUAUGAUGUUCGUUUGGCAGAGGAAGUGCAGUUGGAAGGAGCGUGGGGGGAACUUGCCUCACUUCUUACACGGCUACAGGAAAAGCUGGAUGAGGCAGCCAACACAAUACGGUGCACUAACUGUAACAAGAGACAUAGGCGGGUUAAGCUUCCAAGACCAAUUUAUGCUGCUAGACACUGUGCUGAAUGUCAAAUACAUCAUGCAGCCAGGGAAGGAGAUAUUUGGGCUGAGAGUACAUUGUUGGGGUUACGUUGGAGGUACUAUGCGUGCAUGGAAGGUGCUGUUUAUGACAUAAGUGAAUGGGCUGCCUGCCAGAGUGAUAACCUGAAGCACCUGCAGGCUAACACCCACAGCGUACAGUAUCGCAUUGUCUCGGGGAAGAAAAAUCCUCCUUCCAAAAAUAAUACUCCAGAAUUUCCUAGUGAUCCAGACCUAGAGGAGUUUUUCAACAACUUGUGUAAGGAAAAGUUUGGGAAGAAUUAUGCAUCAGGGAGCAAUCAAGGUGGUGGUCAGCAGAUGCCGGAUACUCGCAAGAGAAAGGGAAAGAAGAAAAAGUGAUCCAUGAGUUGGUGGGGGGAGGGUGAGGGUAAGGGUUAGGGUAGUAGACAGCAUUACAUACUAUGAAAUCAGUUGUAAAGGAUUAUAAUUUUUUUUUUUCAGUUUAUGUAUUUAUUUUUUCCACUCAGGAGUGCAUAAGUAGCUUACUCCUCUUGAAGAAAGUUGCAUGACACUUGGGCAGCUGCAACUGGGGUUUUGGUAGGUGAAUGGUAUUUUUUGAUAACCUGUUACAGGUGUGCUUCAUGGCCUUAGUAGAGCAGUAAAAUUUGGCUUGACAAUUCCAAACUUUGCCUUUAAAAAAUUAAAUGUGCUUGUAUAUUUUGAAUGAGACAAAUAACAAAGUCUAGGAAUACCAUCACAGCAAAAUUUGGUUAAUGACAAAAAUUAUAAGAAUCAAAAUCAGAAUUGCUGGUCAUUAAGUAUUGAAAGCAAUUUUGUACUGCUUUUCCAGGCUGGCUCAUGAUGGGACUGCUCUACUGGCCCCUUUGUAGCAUUAUUUACCAGGGGCUUGUUUUGUUUUGCCAAGGUUUUUUCAUCCUAUUAUUUUCCUGACAAAUUAAAUUGCUGUGCUACUUUAGAAACAGUAAAAUUAGUUAUGUACCUGGCAUAGGUAAUAUUUUUACCAUACUUUUAUGUAACUUCAUAAAUGAUUGUGGAGAAAAUAAAAUGGACUGAUUCUUAAUUAUAGCUGUAUAUUACAUAUGCAGACAAUUUUUAUUUGAAAAUUUUAUUCUUGAGUAUCACCCGUGACAUCAGUCAGCAAAAGAAUAGGCACAUUUAAAAGUUUUCAAGUUAUUCUAGAACUACUUAUUAGCUUUUCUUUCGGUACUAAUGCAGCAUUUGACGAUGGUGUCAGAGGAAACUGGUGAUAAUGUAAGGUUAAUAUGUUUAUGCAGAUUGUUAUGGGUGUUGCCUAGCAGCUUCCCAUUAAGGUAUUUUGUCCAGAAAUGCUAAUUGUGCUAUUUUUUGGUCUGUGGGGGUGAUGGUGGCCACACUAGUUUUAUAAUAAAUUGGUUUGUGCACCAAUUUUGUGUUACAAUCCAACUUUGAAACUGUGGUCGCAGUCCACAUUACUGUCAUACAAGGGGAGGCCUUUUAGCAAUGUGAUUUAUAUGCAUACUGUGUCCUAAAGGUGAAAUACCUUUUAAGCUUAAUUGAUCAUGCACAUAUUCUCUUUAUUCCAGAAUUCUUUCUUCUAUGUUAAAUAUACAAUAAAUCACAACAUUGUUGUCUCACUUGUAGUGAGCAAAUAAUGCAGCAUCUAGAACGUACAUAUAAUCUGCUGAAUAAUAUUUUCUGUUAAUAUAGAAACUGUAAUA